UGUCAUUCCCCUGGUGGAAAUUCUGGCCCUCACCGCUGCCAUUCCGCUCUCUCGGCUGCUUCCAUCGCUGACUUCGCGCCCUCGCUGCUACCGGGUAGUUCCUUCGUGAUAUUCUUCCGUUGCAGGCUUCUUCGCAGCAAAACACUUGCAAGGAUGCCGAUCACCAAGAUAUUUGCCCGCCAGAUUUUCGACAGCAGGGGCAACCCGACCGUGGAAGUUGACUUGACCACAGAAAAAGGGUUGUUCCGUGCCGCCGUUCCGUCCGGUGCCUCCACGGGGAUCCACGAGGCUCUCGAACUGAGGGAUGGCGACAAGUCCAUGUACCACGGCAAGAGCGUCUUCAAGGCGGUGGACAACGUGAACAAAGUGAUUGCCCCGCAGCUCAUUGCCAAGAACUUCGACGUGCGGGAGCAAUUCCAAAUCGACGAGUUCAUGAUCGAGCUGGACGGCACCGAAAACAAAGGUAACCUGGGAGCCAACGCCAUCCUGGGGGUGUCCCUGGCGGUGUGCCGGGCAGGCGCAGCCCAGAAGGGAGUCCCGGUGUACCGGCACAUUGCCGACCUGGCCGGCAACUCGAAGGUGAUCCUGCCCGUGCCAGCGUUCAAUGUGAUCAACGGCGGCAGCCAUGCGGGCAACAAGCUGGCCAUGCAGGAGUUUAUGAUCCUGCCCACGGGGGCCAGCAGCUUCUCGGAGGCUAUGCGCAUGGGCAGCGAGGUCUACCAUCACCUCAAGAACGUCAUCAAAAAGAAGUUUGGCCUGGAUGCCACGGCAGUGGGUGACGAGGGCGGCUUUGCGCCCAACAUUCUGGAGAACAAGGAGGCCCUGGAGCUGAUCAUGUCGGCCAUCAGCGCCGCUGGCUACACGGGCAAGAUCGACAUUGGCAUGGACGUGGCUGCCUCUGAGUUCUACAAGGAAGGGAAGUACGACCUGGACUUCAAGAACCCCAAUUCGAAUCCCGGAGACUUCCUGGAGAGGUCGUCCCUGCAGCGGCUCUACGAAGGGUUCAUCCAGGACUACCCAGUGGUCUCCAUCGAGGACCCCUUUGACCAGGAUGACUGGGAUGCCUGGUCCAGCAUGACGUCUUCCAACCCCAUUCAGAUCGUCGGGGACGACCUGACUGUGACCAACCCUAAGAGGAUCCAGAUGGCUGUGGAGAGGGGAGCCUGCAACUGCCUGCUGCUCAAGGUCAACCAGAUCGGCACCGUCACAGAGUCCAUCCGGGCGCACCUGCUGGCCAAGAAGAACGGCUGGGGCACGAUGGUGUCGCACCGCAGCGGAGAGACGGAGGAUCACACCAUCGCUGACAUCGUCGUGGGCCUGAGCACAGGACAGAUCAAGACCGGAGCGCCCUGCCGCUCGGAGCGACUCUGCAAGUACAACCAGCUGCUCCGCAUUGAGGAGCAGCUCGGAGCCAAUGCGAUCUACGCCGGCAAGAACUUCCGUAACCCCCAGUAGACGACUACCUGCGGCCAGCCCCUACCAUCUAUCCUUCCGUGUUGGACAUCCCCCUUAAUGCUAGUCUUCGGAAGCGCUAAUAAAAAUUUAAGCUGGAGCCUCACCAGCAUGUAUCCUGUGGAUCGCUCUCCCAGCUCGUGAUCAUGCUUAGUGUCCGGGUUGGUAGAUCGUUGUUCGGAGUCCCGAGUGGCUUGUGCCGGCUGCCUCAAAGGUUCAGGUCACAUGCAAGAUUUUGUCUUGCCCGAUAAGUUCUCCAGAAACAACUACUCCCGCCCUUCCUCCCUCUGAUAUGUUGUCAUAGUACCUUGGUUAGAAGUCCAAAAAUGUUUUUACUCUGUUGGACCGUGUGAAUAAAUAUGGAUUGCAGAGACGGUGCUCUA